AUGUUCCCAUUUCUCUAUGAGCUUAUUGAAAUCUCUUCUUCCUACUUCCUCCAAAGGACAGCCUUUUCUGCCUCAGGGAGGAAUAGAAAUAUAGACCACAAUGAUGGAGACCUCCCAGAUGUGCACAAGAAGCUGCCCUCCAGCGCUGGAGAGGACCGAGCCAUGCUGCUAGGGUUUGCAAUGAUGGGCUUCUCUGUCCUCAUGUUCUUCUUGUUUGGAAUCACCAUCCUAAAGCCUUUCUUGCUCAGCACUCAGAGAGAAGAAUCAAACUGCACUAUCAUCCACACUCAUAUCAUGGAUGACUGGAUAGACUGUGCUUUCACCUGUGGUGUGGACUGCCGAGGCCAGGGCAAGUACCCAUGUCUUCAGGUGUUUGUGAACCUCAUGCAUUCAGGUCAGACUCUCCUACAUUAUAAUGAAGAAGCUGUCCAGAUAAACUCCAAGUGCUUUUACACACCCAAAGGCCACCAAGACAGGAAUGACUUGCUCAACAGUGCUCUGGACAUAAAAGAAUUCUUCGAUCACAAAAAUGGGACACCCUUUUCAUGUUUCUACAGUCCAGAGAGCCAAUUUGAAGAUGUCCUUCUCAUAAAAAAGUACGACCAAAUGUUUAUCUUCUACUGUUUAUUCUGGCCAGUGCUGACUCUGCUAGGUGGUGCCCUGAUUGUUGGCAUGGUGAGAUUAACACAGUACCUGUCUCUACUGUGUGAGAAAUAUAGCACUGCACACAGAGAUGAGGUAGGUGGCAAAGUACCUUAUAUGGAACAGCAUCGAUUCAAACUGUGGAGUGUGGGGAGGAGCCAAGAAAGGGGCAGAGAAAUCUCACGAUGGUGGCCAAAUUAA